AUGGCUGCCAUCGGAAGUGUAUUCUUAGGAGAUUUCACAAGGCAUCGUAUCUUUUCGUCCACACCACCAUCAUCGCCUCCAGCCAGCGGCCAACCACCCAACCCAAUGAGCGCCGCCCUCUCACCGUCCCAUUCCCAGCUCGACCUCUCCUCGGUCCCAGAGGCCCCCGCCCAGCACCCACUGACGGUGAUCACAGACGCCGCCGCCCAACUCGCCCUCGAGGCGGCUGCGGCGACUCAGCCCUUCCAGCCGUCCGCCAUCGAUCCUGAGCUCUCGCUCGAGCUGAGGCUGAGGCUGCUGGAGGCGCUUCUUGUCGGUGUGCGGCAGGAUGGGAGGGAGAGGAAGGGGAGGGAUAAGGUGCCGGAGCUUAAGCAUGGGGAGACGCUGAUACGGCUGACGGAGGAUGUGUUGCGUCGGCUCAACACCGUCGUAGAGUCGAACGAGGGUCUGAAGAGAUUCAUGGAUCGCUAUGAUCAACAUGCCCACCUGCUCACUCCCUCCUUUGCCCUCGCCGGAACCCUCCCAGCGCCCGCACCAGCCUACGAACACAUGUCCCCCGAAGAACUCGACGUCUUCCUCACAGAGAUGGAGCCAGACAUCCGCGCCGCCGAUCGGGACAUGCGCGAGAUUGAGAUGCUGGAGCAGAGGGGCGUGACGGGCGCCGGCAAGCUUUCAGGUAGGCGUCUCGUCUGCCGGUGGGGGGUGGCGGCAUGGUUUGCGCAUGCGACUGACACCGUCGUUGCAGAAUAUCAAACGUACCGACCGCGCCUGGAUGCCGUACUUGAAGCUCGCGAGGAGGACGUGAAGACGGCAUCAGCGCUGGAGAAACGCAUCGCUGCGCUUAUGGAAAAGCAUGCUACCCACGUAAGUCUCGCCCCCCCCUCCCCCACCCUCGAUACGAGUCGUACACCGUACAAAACCGUGUCUAAUGGCUCUCCCCCCCUUAUGUUUGCCAUCUUGCAGGUAGACGCCCUCUCCGAGCUGUUCGUAGCCUGGGACGACGUAAUCUCAGAGGCUGAAAACAGGGUGACGAGGCUGGAGCGAGAUCGCGAGGAGAGGGUACGGCUUGGAUACGAAUGA